AUGGGAAGUUACAAGAAGAAUAUAGGAAGACAAGUCAUAAGGCAGAGAACUAAACAGGGGGAGAAGAAGAAUCUAAGGGGAAGACGCGAAACAAUGGGAGUGGUGGAGUGUAAAUCGCAUAGAUUCUCUCGUGGUUGCCAAGGUAAUGAAGAAAGAAAUGUGUUUUGGGAGGCUUUGAAAGUUGGGUCUACAAAGCUUAAGUUCGGUUUGCGAAAGAAAUUCAGAUUGAAGGUUGGGGAGAGAUUGUCUACGUUAAUUUGUCCUUGUACAAGGAAACUUGGAUGGUCAAAGCUAAAGUUGGAUUUCAUGUGCUACUUGGUUCGGGAAAUUGGACUUGAAGUGUAAGUCAUGCGGUCAAGAACUAGAUUUUCACGGGUAAGUGGAAUUGAAUCUCUAUUUCAAUUAAGAUGACGUUUGUGCUUGUAAGUGAGAUGAGGACUUAUUGAAGUUCUAUAUACUGUUGGCAUUGAGUUGUUAAAUACUAUAUCGUUUUAUUAUAUGGUCAGGCGGUCGACAUUGUCUCAGGAUUUGGCUAGUAGCAUAUUUUCGGUGAGUGGA